AACUCCAGGACGUAGACCGAGCCCAGCCAGCAGCCUCCAAACCCAGCCGCUGGCUGUCCCGGGGCGCAGACGCCAAGGCCACUCAGGCCAGGGCAGGGACCCCGGCCGGCCUAGCCAGGAUCUCUCAAUGGCCUGAAACUCUCCAGGCAGAUUAGGCUGAAGGACCAGUGGGCCCGGGGAUCCUCCUGCUGCUUGUCCAGUGCUGGAGUUACAAGUUUGAGCACUCUUCUGGAACGUUCUCAUCCCCAUGGCCCCAGCCGGCCACUGAGCCCCACCAUGGGUGGCUUAUACUCAGAGUACCUCAAUCCUGAGAAGGUUCUGGAACACUACAAUUACACCAAGGAGACGCUGGACAUGCAGGAGACACCCUCCCGCAAGGUGGCCUCGGCCUUCAUCAUCAUCCUGUGCUGUGCCAUCGUGGUGGAGAACCUUCUGGUGCUAAUCGCCGUGGCGAGGAACAGCAAGUUCCACUCAGCGAUGUACCUGUUCCUCGGCAACCUGGCGGCCUCCGACCUGCUGGCCGGGGUGGCCUUCGUGGCCAACACCUUGCUCUCAGGGCCCGUCACUCUGUCACUGACUCCUUUGCAGUGGUUCGCCCGAGAGGGUUCGGCCUUUAUCACCCUCUCUGCCUCAGUCUUCAGCCUCCUGGCUAUUGCCAUCGAGAGACACGUGGCCAUCGCCAAGGUCAAGCUUUACGGCAGUGACAAAAGCUGCCGAAUGCUGAUGCUCAUUGGGGCCUCUUGGCUCAUGUCGCUGAUCCUGGGUGGCUUGCCCAUCCUGGGCUGGAACUGCCUGGACAAUCUGGAGACCUGCUCCACGGUCCUGCCCCUCUACGCCAAGCACUACGUGCUCUGCGUGGUCACCAUCUUUUCCGUCAUCUUAUUGGCUAUCGUGGCAUUGUAUGUCCGAAUCUACUUUGUAGUCCGGUCCAGCCAUGCCGAUAUUGCCGGUUCCCAGACACUGGCCCUGCUCAAGACAGUCACCAUCGUACUGGGUGUUUUCAUCAUCUGCUGGCUCCCAGCUUUUAGCAUCCUUCUCUUAGACUCGACCUGUCCCGUCCGGGCCUGUCCUGUCCUCUACAAAGCCCAUUAUUUUUUUGCCUUUGCCACCCUCAACUCGCUGCUCAACCCUGUCAUCUAUACGUGGUGUAGCCGGGACCUUCGGAGGGAGGUGCUGAGACCCCUGCAGUGCUGGCGGCGGGGGAAGGGAGUGACGGGUCGCAGAGGUGGGACCCCAGGGCACCGGCUCCUGCCCCUCCGCAGCUCCAGCUCACUGGAGAGGGGCUUGCACAUGCCUACAUCACCCACAUUUCUGGAGGGCAACACAGUGGUCUGAAGGGAAGGGGGGAACUGACAGGUAACCAAGCCACAGAGAGCUCUGUGGGGAGAGACCAGGUGACCUCAUGUGUCCCUCAGCGCCACAGGCCUAGUGGAACUGACCACAGCUCAUAGGUCAGGUGGCCAGCGGAGGCACUGACCUAACAGAUUGUAGUACCGUGACUAUGGGGACCGUUAAGGGUCUAGGGGGGCAGCAGGCUGGAGCUUAGGGUUAGAGCAUUUGCCCCUUGGUACAGAGGGUAUCAGCAUCCUGUCCUACCUUUGAUCUGCCUGGCCCACUUCCUGCCUCCUCCUUUAAGACAGGGCCUCUCUAUGUUGCCCUGGCUGGCCUAGAACUGCUAUGCAGACCAGGCUGGCCAGGAACUCACAGAGGUCACCUGCCUCUGCCUUCUGAGUGCUGGAAUUUUAAAGCCAUGUACCACCAUACCUAGCUCCUGCCGCCUUCUAUAGACAACUGUAGGCCACUUCUUGUGGAAACACUGUCCUCAGGGGACCCAAGGCUUCCUCCCUGUCCAUCUGAGGCCUAAAUCCACAGCUUCCUCAAUUUCAUCAACUCAGUUACUUCUUCCUUUUCCUUUCGUGUUCCGGGAAAGGAAACCACUGUGGCACAAGGAGGAGGAGCCUGGAAAUCCUAGUCUCCAUCCUCAGACCUCAUUGGCUACUUGCUCUAUUGGAGAGUGCAGAGGAAUCAGCUGAGGGCUGGGAAAUCAGUGUGGGACAGAUGCUAAGGAGGCUUUGCUCUUCCUCGUGAAAAAACUCUAGGGGAGUUAUUGGUCAUUCCUGGAACUCCUGCCCCCAAAUCCAGCCUCCCUCCCCACAAAUUGUUUCCACCUCCCCACCUUCGUCCUACCCCAGGUACCAGGUCCCCUGAAGCAGGGCAGCCUUGAACCCAGUGUGGCCACUUGCCAAUUGUCUUUGUUGUUUAUAAAAAUUGUGACAGGGGCUCAUGUAGCCCAGGCUGGCCUCCAACUCACUAUGUAGCCAAGGCUGGCUUUGGACUUCUGAUCCUCCUGCCUCUACUUCCUGAGUGCUGGUUUCACAGGGGUGUACCACCAACAGCUGUCUUGCAAGUUAUCAUGAAUAACAUAGUUAACAAAGAGGUGAGGUGGCCAAGGACAUUCCUGGGUAUUCAUAUGGAACCUUCAAAGUCUUGAAGGACUUUGCUAAAUCCUGUGGAGAAAUAGAAAGUCCAAUGCGGUACAAACUGUAUUUAUAUAUGUCUGUGUGCCAGUGGGUGGGGUCUGUGACCUAUCCCAGUGUGGACGCUGUCUGACCUCUCAUGUUCACAUCCAUGUUGAAACUGCCAGAGAGAUAGACAGGGGUGUGUGUGGGGUCUGCCAUGUGCAGGCCCCUUGGGAAUUGCUGGUUCAUCUCUUCCACACAUAGAAAUCUCUGCCUCAAAGAAGUCUGUGAAAGAAAAGGCUGAGGAAGGGGAAAUUUGGGGUGCAAGGAGCCAGUUGGGAGUGUGUCUCCCCUCAUACAGCUUCCCAGGUAUCCCCUUUGUGCUGGAGAUCCAGAUCUGGGCCAAUAAACAGUUCAAUUUCUCUUG